GCCCUACAUGCAGGUAAGUUGAGAAAGAGAAUUUCAAAGUCAACAGAGCUGUGACUAACUUUUGUUUUUAAAGCGGAUUAAACUGUAGCAGAUUUGUUAGCAUAAAUUACAGCAGUACAACACAAUAGUAAUAGUAGCUCGUCAUUAUUUAAAUAUGUUUUAAUAAAUUAUAUUGUGUAGGGGUAGGCGUGUAGCUCAUAGUAAUUACCAUAUUCAAAAACUAAACCAAAUCCUUUGAAGAUUAUGUUGUAAACAGUGUAUAAAUAUCUGACAUACUAAUAUAUGUAAAAUAAUGCACAAUGAUAACUUGGCUAAAGCGUAACAACACAAACAAUUUUUCGAUUUAUUAAACAGUUUACUUUUUAGGCAAUAUGGUUUCUACCUUAUAAUAUUGUACAUGGUUGUACUGGCAACUGCAAACUUUUUUGCUAACACUCUUGUCAUUGCAUCUGUAUUUCACAAACCAAGGAUUUUCCGAAUGAGAGCAGAUUACAUUAAAAUGUCAUUAGCAAUGUCAGACCUAUUUGUUGGAUUGCAAUUGGUUUCCAUUUCCAUUCCCAAUGCCAUAAAAACCUUAUACUCGACACCACUACAAAUAAAUAUGAACUUCCUUCAAACAUGGGCCACACCUGGAGCUGCCAUCGGUUGCACUUUCUACAUGCUCACAUUAAUAGCUCCAUUUGACCAUCUGUUAUAUUUAAGUUACAAUCGUUUUUAUGCAAUCAAGUGGCCAUUAAAGUACAAGGUGGCUUCAUCAAGGCGUCCACAUUGGAAUUUACUCAUUGUGUGGAUAUUAAUUAUGACAGAAGCUAUUUUUCCAGUAAUUUUGGAGUCAAAUUAUGACUUUGGAUACUCACCAAUGGUGUUUCUGUACCUAUCCUCACCUAGCAAUGUUAACAGUAUUCAAGAUUUUAUGACUCUAAUGGUCACGAGCAUAUGUACUUUGCUGCUGUUGUUCUCUAUCACGACAUUCUUCACAAUUGCUACUGGAUUUGUUGUUUACAAAAGAGGGAAAACAUUUAAAAGAACUUCAGUUCAAAAAGUGAAUGAUAUUUUGUUCAAACGAGAAAAGACAGCUUACAAAACUUUACUUAUGAUGGAGUUUGGUUUCAUACUUAGUUUAAUGCCAAUGCUGGUCUUGUACAUACUAGUGUUUGUUGAUGGGUGUUCUGUAAUAGGGUAUCUGACAUGCUACUACACAAUCAUGCUCAACAGUGUUAUAAAUGUUGGGAUAUACAGUGUUCGUGAUAAUGACUUUAGAAAAUUUAUGGCUAACAUAAGGUCAAAACUUCCAUGGAAGAAAAAGCAACCUGCUCAGACUACUGUUAUUCAGAACACGAUUUCAUCAAGCUUGGACUGCUCCCUUGCAACUUCUCAACACAAUCAAAACUAAACUUACUGCCUUUUAAUGUGUAAUGAAAAAUUAAGUUCCUAAAUGUGCAAAACAUGUAAGGGUAAAUAAAGUGACUUUACAAAAACUUUUAAGAUAGGUGUAUUAGUAGAGAGUGAGACACAAGGCUGUAAAUACUUUAUAUUUGUAUAAAUCAUUGUUGUAUACCCGUGUAACUAUAUCUCAGUAGCAUUUUUAGUAAUA